CAUACAUCAGAUGUUUUAUCACUGCAGAUAACAUAUGUACAGUACACAGAUGUACUAAGCACUCAUCAUUACAGCGAUUAGUCAAACUGAUUUAAAAAAGUGCCUUGAUUUCAUUACAAGUCAGUGCGUUUCUUUGAAGAAAAUCAUGGUGACCGAAAACAAAGAGUCGAAAAACACAAGAUACAGCCUAGGAUUGGCUCUGUAUGCUCAUAUGAAAUACUUCAGGAACAGAAUAGCACAGUAUGAAGAUGAAACUGACUAUGUGGACACUUACGGCGCGCUCCUCACGAGAUGCGUCAGGGUAGCCAUGAAACUUCAAGAACUGGACAUUGGAGAAGACGAUAUUGUCGGCGCAUGUACACAUAAUCAUAGAAACAGCUGCGUACCUUUCAUAGCUAGCACGUUUAUUGGAGCUAUACCAGUUACUUUCGACCCUGCGAUAUCGGAUAUUGAUACUGUAUCAUUGCUCAGAUUGAUGCAGCCAAAAGUGAUAUUUAUUUCUCAGGAAAUGUUGAAAGAUUUUGAAACAUAUAUGGAAAAAGCACAGGUGAAACCAGCCUAUACUAUUGUGUUUGGGGAAAGCAGAGGCCAAUACAUGAGUUUUGAUGAGUUUUUAAAGCCGAACAUCAAAGAAAGGCAGUUCAAGGUAUACGAAACAAGUAAUCCAAAAAAGACUGCUGUAGUCGUGUUUAGCAGUGGAACCACUGGAUUGCCUAAAGGAAUAUGUCUAAACCACUAUACACUACUGAAACAAUCGGGAAGUUUUAGAGAUGACUGGCCAGAAAUUAUAAAUUCUGAUACUGUAGAUUCAGUUAUUCUCCUUUAUUCAACACUAUACGCGAUAAGCGCGGUGGGUACACUGAUAGGAGCUGUUUUGAAAGGCGAAGCAAAAGUUCUUUGUAAGAGCUUUAAUGCCAAGAGGUUCUUUGAGAUAGUAGAAAAGUAUAAGGUGACAAUGUCGUUUGUACCACCGUACUACAUCCACGAAGUAGUAGUUGGACGUGCUGAAAAUAAAGAUGUAGACAUCGGAAGUCUGAAGCUUCUCGUUACGGGAAGCACUACCGUAAGUACAAACCAGAUGGUGGACAUGAUGGCAGCAUUUCCAGGUAGCUAUGUGGUCAACGUUUAUGGUCAGACUGAAGUUUCUGGAGCUAUAUCAUGUUUGUAUGACCCGAAAGAUCAUGAUCUUCAAAGGAAGAAACCUACCACUGUCGGGAAGAUCAUAAGUCACUAUCAAUGGAAGAUAGUCGACUUGGAAACCGAAAAACCAGUCACUGGUCCAAACAAAAAAGGUGAACUGCGCCUAAAAACUGACCUUCACAUGAACGGUUACUACAAAAUGGACUCUUCUGAUGCCUUCGAUUCCGAAGGGUACCUGAGAACAGGAGAUGUUGCUUAUGUUGACGAAGAUAACUGCUUGUACAUUGACGACAGAAUUAAGGAAAUGUUUAAAUACAGAGGAUGGCAUGUACUCCCUGCUAUUGUAGAAGAAGUCGUUAUGGCGUAUCCAGCUGUCAAGGAGGCAGCUGCAAUAGGUAAAGACGCAGUAUGUUUUGUUAUUCAAUGGCAAGCAUACUACAUCUACUAUACCGUCAUAAUCGACAGCAUCUCGCGGCCAGAGUGAAGACCCGGCUAUCAAAUGUGAAUUGAGAUUCUUACAGGUUCAACCGACAAUCGCUAUUCAGUCUCCCAGUGGGCGAUUAUGGUAAUAGAAGAAAAUAUCUCAAGAUCCUUGAGUAUCUGCAUGUCAUAUCUAAAACACAUCGGGAAUUCCUCAUUCUGAAGAUGGAGAGCAUGCAAUGGCUCUCGUAGUAUUGAAAGAAGGACACGAGAACGUCUCGCCAGAAGACAUAAAGAAGUAUGCAGACGAGAGGCUUGGUGAAUACCAAAAAUUAAGAGCUGGAGUUAAGAUUGUUGAUGAGCUCAUCAGAACAGCCACCGGAAAGGUGAAGAGGAAGGCCAUGAAGGAGAUGAUUUUGAGUAACGGAACGAUUAGAGCUACGUGAGGACAUUGGUUCUUUAAAGAGAAAAGAAUUAUCUAGGGACACUGGUAGUGGGUAAAUUGGCGGUAUGAGAUAUAUGCACCUAACAGUAUAUCUUAAAAGUCAAUAUAGCAAUAAAUAAUA